CGAAUUUUCUCUUUCAUUUCUAACCGACCGUUAAACGAGUCGAGUCCGUUUUGGUGAGCGGUCGUGAGUUGAAGAACACGGCUUAUCACAUUUUUUUGUGAAAUUAAAAAAAAUAAAAAAACCCAAAAAAAAUAUAAAAAUAAAAAAUUAACAAAAAAAAUUGUAAAAAGUAGCAAAAAUCGAAAAAGUGUAAAAACUUUCUUUUGAGUUUUUCCUUUGUGUAGAUUUUUUAUACAUCGUAAAGUAUUUCUUAAUUCAUCAAAUUAAGAGGAACAAGUCUUUGUAAGAUUUCCUUUUUUUGAUAAAGAGAGAAAACUAUUUUAUAUACCUUACUUUUCUACAAGAAAUGAACACGGGUGGUCCUAACUAUCAAAUGGCUUCCCUUUACGUUGGUGAUUUGCAUCAGGAUAUUAAUGAAGCUGGACUUUUUGAGAAAUUCUCUGAUGCUGGUCCAGUAUUAUCCAUUCGAGUAUGUCGCGACAUCAUAACUCGUCGUUCUUUAGGCUAUGCCUACGUUAACUUCCAGCAACCAGCUGAUGCUGAGCGUGCUUUGGAUACCAUGAAUUUUGAUUUAAUCGGUGAUAAACCCAUUCGCAUUAUGUGGUCUCAGCGUGAUCCCUCAUUGCGUCGUUCCGGUGUUGGUAAUGUUUUCAUCAAAAACUUGGACAAGAGCAUUGAUAACAAAGCCAUUUAUGAUACUUUCUCGGCAUUUGGUAAUAUUUUGAGCUGCAAAGUAGCUACAGACGAUAAGUGUCAAUCCAAGGGUUACGGUUUUGUACAUUUCGAAACUGAAGAGGCCGCCAAUAAGGCCAUUGCCAAAGUGAACGGUAUGUUGUUGAACGGUAAGAAAGUUUACGUUGGCAAAUUCAUUCCCCGCAAGGAACGCGAGAAGGAGCUCGGCGAAAAGGCUAAAUUGUUCACUAACGUCUACGUUAAGAACUUCCCCGAUGACGUUAACGAUGAGAAAUUGAAGGAAAUGUUUGAGCCUUACGGUAAAAUCACCAGCUACAAGGUCAUGACCAAAGACGAUGGUAAGAGCAAGUGUUUCGGCUUUGUUGCCUUUGAGACUACUGAGGCUGCUGAAGCCGCCGUCGAAGCCCUCAAUGCUAAGGACAUGGGUGAGGGUAAGACCUUGUAUGUUGCUCGUGCCCAAAAGAAGGCCGAACGCCAACAGGAACUUAAACGUAAGUUCGAAGAAUUGAAAAAGAAACGCCAAGAUUCCGUAUACGGUGUCAAUUUGUACGUCAAGAAUUUGGAUGACACCAUCGAUGACGAACGUUUGCGCAAGGAAUUCUCUUUGUAUGGUACAAUUACAUCCGCCAAGGUAAUGACUGAUGAAGAAGGCCGCUCUAAAGGCUUUGGCUUCGUCUGCUUUGUGGCUCCCAAUGAAGCUACUUGUGCUGUCACCGAAUUGAAUGGUCGCGUUAUGGGCUCGAAACCUUUGUAUGUUGCCUUGGCCCAACGCAAAGAAGUGCGCAAGGCUCACCUUGCCUCUCAGUACAUGCGUCACAUGGGUGGUAUGCGUAUGCAACAACUUGGUCAAAUAUUCCAACAUAAUGCUGCUGGUGGUUUCUUCGUGCCCACCAUGGGACCCGGUCAACGUUUCUUGGGUCCACAAGUGCCUACACAAAUGCGUAACACACCACGCUGGGCUGCUCAUGUGCCUCGCCCAGCUCAGGCUGGUGCCGCUCCCGCUGCCGGAGGCUUCCAAAAUGCCGCCAUGGCUCCCGCUGGUACUGCUCAGUACCGCCCACAAGCUGCUGGUGGUGCUCGUGGUCAACCACAAGCUGUUCAAGGAGCUCAUGCUGCCGCUGCCAACACCAUGCGCAAUAGCGGUGCUCGUGCUAUCACUGGACAACAAUCUAUUCCAGCUCCCAAUAUUGCUUUGGCUGGUCCUCAUUUGCCAGCAAAUGCUGCUCAACAGCGUGCUGCCAACUACAAGUACAACACCAAUGUACGCAACCCAACAGUGCAACAAGUCCCAGCACCUCAACCCGUCCCACAGAUGCAUCAAAAGGGACCCGAAAAACUUUUGGCUUCUUUGUUGGCAAAUGCUACAGCACAAGAGCAAAAACAGAUUUUGGGCGAACGUUUGUAUCCAAUGAUCGAACGUAUGCAUCCAUCUUUGGCCGGUAAGAUCACUGGCAUGUUGCUGGAAAUCGAAAAUUCCGAACUCUUGCACAUGAUUGAAGAUCCUGAGGCCCUUAAAGCCAAGGUUGAAGAAGCCGUCGCUGUGUUGCAAGUUCACAACGUUCGUGAAACUGUGCCUACCAAUUAAACAAAGGAAAAACUUGAAAGAAACCAAAAAAAAGAUUUAAAAUUAUAAAAACAACAACUACAGCCAACAUAAUUAAACAAAAAGUUUAGUAGCAAAACACUAACUAACAACAAAAAACACUUUUUUAAAGCAACAAAGCUCAGCAAACUUCAAACAUAUUUUUUGCAUUUUUUUGUAUUUUCAUUUCAAUCAUCCAUCAUCAUACAGCUUUAAAAUAUUUUCUUCUGUUUUUAUUUUUUUGCAGUUUAAUUUUCAAUUCAAUUUAUUCAAAAGUCCCAAGCAAGUUUCACAAGAAAAACAAACAAACAAAUUGGUCAUGCUCAGCCUUUCAAUGGAAUUUUCAAGUUCAGGCUGCUGCAGUACACUUCUUCUUUAUUACUACACUAAAUUCGAACUAUACUUGAUUUAAUUUUAAAUUAAUUUUCAUAUUCUUGAAUAAAUUUUAAUUUGUCCUUCAUUUAUAACUUGCUGAGUUUUAACAAAACAAAUGUUUAUUUUGUUUUUAUCCUUUCAACAUCAUUUAUGAAAAGAAUUUUUUAAAUUAAAAAAUAAGAAAAAAAAAUCAACAAAAAAAUCGAAAAAAUAAAAACUUUAAAAAAUUGAAAACAAAAUAUGAAAAUGCAUAAAAAAUAUUAAAAAAGAACAAAACAACAACAACCACAAAGAAGAAAAAUUAAAUAAAACGAUUGUUUGCUACUUGAAACAAAAAAUUUAUUAAAAGAAAGAAAAAAAACAUAAAAACCCUUACAAAAAAAUCGUAAAAUUUUAUUAAAAAAUUUAAAUAAAAAGUAACAACCUCAGAAGGUUUAAAAAUAUAUAUAAAAAUCACAAAAAAAAAUUAAAAACAUUUUUGAAAAAAUCCAAAUAAAAAUCAGCAAAAAAUUUGCAAAAUUUAAAAAAAAAAGUUAAAAAGAAACAAAAACGAACACCUUUUUGAAAAAGAAUGAAAAAUACAAAAAUGUAGCUGCUUUUUUAAACAACACCACAACAGAACACAACCAACCAUCCAUCAUCUUUCUUUUAGCUUUUUUUGUUUUUUUUUUUAAUGUUAAAAGUUUUUCAUCAACUUGAAAAUGUUUUAUUCACCAUCAUGUGUGUCUGACAUUUUCUUGAAAAAUGUUUACUUGUAUUUUUAUUUUUUUCUAAAAAUAUUACACCACCACAAAACUACAACAACAACAGAAAAUAAUAACCAUGAAACGAAUUGGAAUUUUAUGUUUAGGCUUUAACAUAAUCACAUUACAAUUUUUAUUUUAUUUAUAAUAUUGUAUUUUUUUUUUUUCAAAUAUCUUAAACUUAUUUCUUUUCUUUUUUUUAUUAUUAAAUUACAAUAUACAUACAUAUAUACAUAUGCUAACAAAAAAUUAUCUGAAAUAUUUAUAAAUUCUAUAUAUAUAUUCUAUAUAUUAUAAAUGCAUUAUUGAAAUCCCAUUGAAGACACACAUUUUUUAAUAAAAAUAAAAAAUAAAAAUAUAUAUAUAAAAUUCCACUUCGGCAGAAAA